GAUAGAAUCCAGACCCUCCUCACCGGCCUAGCUGUGCCCCACCCAACUCUGCCCAUAAGUGCGAGAGCUCCAGCCGCCUCCAUGGCCUCAGGAAGGAGUCAGGGGACUGGCCCCAUUCAGGGAGCCACUCCAGCCAGACACGCUGGCCAGAAUGGUGCUGACUGAGCUGCUCCUCAUGGUCAUGCUUCUCCUAACUGCGAGACUAACUCUGUCCAGCCCAGCUCCUCCCGCCUGUGACCCCCGACUCCUAAAUAAACUGCUCCGUGAUGCCCAUGUCCUCCACGGCAGACUGAGCCAGUGCCCAGACGUUAACCCUUUGUCCACACCUGUCCUGCUGCCUGCUGUAGACUUCAGCUUGGGAGAAUGGAAGACUCAGACGGAGCAGAGCAAAGCCCAGGACCUUCUGGGAGCAGUGACUCUUCUGUUGGAGGCAGUGAUGACGGCAAGAGGACAGUUGGGACCCACCUGCCUCUCAGCCCUGCUGGGACAGCUUUCUGGACAGGUCCGCCUCCUCCUUGGUGCCUUGCAAGGCCUGCUGGGAACCCAGAGCAGGACCACCGCUCACAAGGAUCCCAACGCCAUCUUCCUGAACUUCCAACAACUGCUCCAAGGCAAGGUGAACAGCAGCACCUGCCACGGGGGCUUGGACACGAUCCACGACCUUGAGGAGUGA